AAAUCGACUCGUCUUAAUAUCCGUUGACUAGAUAGUGAAAAUAUCAUGCAUUUUGAAAGGUUAGCUUACCGUUAGCUACUGGCUACUUCUAAUGUUAGCUUUUCGCUAACGUGCAGCUAACGAAGCUACCGAAACUGUGGAAUCAACGCUGUGCCUGUUAACCAACAUAACGCUUUAACAAACGAUCGUUGCCUUUAAAUGCAGUUUACAUAAAUCUCAAUCAAUUAAAAUUUAUUAACCGCGAUAUUACCGUCACAAUAUCAGCUUUUACUAAACUAAAAACGCCUGACGCUGUGGACGGACUGUAGUUCUUAAUAGGAACCAGUGAGUUUCUGGUUAAAAAUGUCCUUCAGAGACCUAAGACAUUUCACAGAAAUGAUGAGGGCGUUGGGCUAUCCUCGCUUGAUAUCGAUGGAAAAUUUCAGAACUCCUAACUUCGCUCUUGUGGCAGAAAUCCUAAUAUGGAUUGUAAAGAGAUAUGAGCCCACCAUUGAUAUUCCUACUGAUGUGGACACAGAGUCAGACAGAAUAUUCUUCAUUAAGGCUGUGGCUCAGUUCAUGGCAACAAAAGCUCACAUCAAGCUUAAUACGAAGCGUCUCUAUCAGGCUGAUGGGUAUGCAGUGAAAGAGAUGUUGAAGAUCACUUCUGUGCUUUACAAUGCUAUGAAAACCAAGCAGAUGGCUCUAGAAGAAAAAUUAGAAGAAGACACCAACAAGUUCAAAUUUGACCUCGGCUCAAGGAUUUCAGAUCUAAAAGCAGCUCGUCAGCUGGCAUCAGAGGUCACAUCUAAAGGAGCAUCUCUAUAUGAUUUACUGGGAAAAGAGGUGGACCUAAGGGAAAUGAGAACUGCAGCCAUUGCUCAGCCUCUGGAGAUCAAUGAGACUGAAAAGGCCCUGAGAGCUGCCAUCAAGGAAGUUUUGGAAAGUGUGAAAAAAACCAAAGAGAUGCUGAGUAAUGUUGUCUCCGAUGAGACCAGUUUGGAUGCCAAGAUAGAAAAGAAGAAGCAAGAACUGGAAAGGCAUCGAAAGAGACUCCAGACGCUGCAAAGUGUCAGGCCAGCAUUCAUGGAUGAAUAUGAGAAGAUAGAAGAAGAUCUACAGAAGCAGUAUGACAUUUAUGUGGAGAAGUUCAGGAACCUCAGCUUCCUGGAGUCUCAACUGGAUGAAUACCACAGCCUGGAACAGGAAAGGUUUGAGGAAGCUGAAAACACGCUGAGGAUAAUGCAACAUAAACUGAGAGAAGAGGAGAGAGACUUGAUGAAGGGCUCCUUGAAAGAUGAGGAUUCUGAUUUAGAACUUCCAGAGGAUGAAGGUUCAGACACCGAUCUUGAAGAAUCUCGUCCCUCUAAACCACGACCAACAAGAAACGGCCUCAUGGCAGGGGGAGGAGGGCGUUUCAUUGGUAACAUGCAAGGUGGUGACAGUGAUGAGACUGAAGACAGUGAGAUUGAUGUGGAUGAGGAUGAUGAGGAAGAUGAGGAGGGUGUGGAGGAAGAAGGCAAGGAUUUGGAUGAUGAUAGUUUGGAUGGCCCAUUGUCAAGGAGUAAUCGUCCUUCUAGAGGUGGUAUGAGACCCCCUCUGCUGGAGGAGAGUGAUAAUGACUUCUGAAUGAAGCACACACAUGCUCAUGAGCUCCAUCUGAUUCUAUAUUCCAGCUGACAAUAUAUAACCUUGUUUCUUCUCAAACAUGUACAUUAUUUUUUCAAUUCCCAAUGUAGCUCCUGUUUUUGAGUAUGUAUAUAAAGUACUACAAUUACUUAAAUAAAUAAAACAUUUGUAUAUUU